AUGAGAAGUAAGAGAGCCUUGGAGAGGAAAGAAGCCCCUUUGAAAUGGGAGCAGAAGUUAGAAGCUGCUGCAAAGGCGAAGGCUGAUGCUGAAGCCAAAGAGAGGAAGCAGAAGGCUGCAAAGCACAAAAGAAGAUCUGUAUCGAACUCGAACACUGAUAGUGAUAGUGAUAGUGAUAGCAGUGAUGGGAGAAAAAGCAGGAAAAGAACACACAAGAAACACAGGAAGCACUACCACUCUGAUUUAGGUGACAAUGAGAAGAGGAAGGAAAAAAAAUCCAAGCGAAAGACAAAGAGACAGUCCUCAGGGUCAAGUGAUGACUGCAGCAAUGCCAUCGAGUCUAACUCUGAAGGAGAGAGGAGGAAGAGAAACCACAGAAGACACAGGCAUCAUCGCAAUUCAAGAUCAGACUCUAGUGAUUAUGACUCUUCAAGCGAUGAUGAUAAAGCUGUCAAGAGGAGAGGCCAUGCAAAACAUCACAAACGACGUCGGCAAUCAGAAUCUAGUGCUUCAGAUUCUUCAAGUGAUGAAGACAAUGAUGCUAUCAGAAGAAGAGGCCAUUUAAAGCACCACAAACGCCACCAUCACCGGUCAGAGUCAUAUGAUUCAGAUUCCUCAAGCGAUGAACACAGGAAUAGCCGUGCAAAGCAUCACAAGUGUCAACGGAGAUCACAUAGCAUGGAUUCAAGGUCAGAUUCUGAUGGGCAUAGGCAUGAUCAAUGGAGCAGAUCUUUAGGAAAGUCAUCAGAUUGUAACAUUGAAGAAGCAGGUAAAGUAUCAAGGCACAAGAAAUCUGGUCAUCAUCGCCAAAAUCGUGACAAGCACUGGCACCAUCGCGCUGAUGAUGAGAUAAAUAACUAUUUGCACCCAAAUAAUGGAAAGCAUCCACACCAGCAUGCAGAAGAGAACAAUGGAAAUCAUGCAGAGCAAGCAGAUGGAUCUGUGGUUGGGAACAAUUCUAGUAAUGUUUAG